AUCGGGUCCGGUCGGAUACCUUCGGGCCGAAGGCUCCGGCAUCGGGAGUCCGGCUCGUAUUGGCUGUCCCGUUAUCUUUUCGGCACUUACGGUGCUCUUCUAAGCUAUAAAAGCCGCUGGUAGACCGCAUUUUGUUGGCUAUUCGAAAAGCGUUGGCACCAAACUCCGAUCGACCAUCAACCAUAGUUGCAAAGCUGCGAAAAGUGUGAAAAGUGCUCCGGAAAAGUUUCCUUCAAGUUUCCUCCAAAAGUGCGCCAGCAGUACGGAAAUUAUAAUUGACAUCGGACAUUUUGAGUGCAGGUUGCGAAAUAAGUUUUAUUGAAAAAUGUGGUACAUCAAGUGCGUUUGGACUUUGGUGGCAUUGGUGGCGCUAUUUUCCAUGGUGACAGGUUCCUGCCUGGAAUACGGACAUUCCUGUUGGGGAGCUCAUGGCAAGCGAUCUGGCAGCAAGGCGUUAAUAGAUGCGAAGCAGCAAACUGGACCCAAUUCAUAUGCAAUUGAGAAUUUGGCUGAGCAAUUGUACAACAACAACAAUCAGAAUACAGAGGACAAUGAUAGCGACAACUCGGAUCUCAGCAAUAGCAACAAUAACAGCAACAUUAGGAACGUGCCACUGGCAGCUCCAGCCCUGGCAGCCCCCGAGCGCAACCGGAAUGGCCUGAAAUGGACACAGAUUAUGCGGCAGCAUCGCUACAGGAUGCGGCAGUUGCAGGAACAGCAGCAGCAGCAGCAGGGCCGUGGCAGGAACGGACUUCAGGGCUAUGAUGCCGCCGCUGAAAGUUGGCGGAAACUCCAGCAGGCUCUGCAGGCGCAACUGGAAGCCGAAAACGAAAUGUCACCUGGCGAGCCACAGCUCUACGAGCUCAAAAAGUGAAUCCACCUUGUGUAAUUGCCAAAAUGAAAUUAUCCAAAAGAAGUAUAAACUAACAGAGCAGAGGAAAGCGAAAUUAAGAGAUAUUUAUCACAAACGAUCAUUGCAUGCCGGGCAUCAAUUAAAAGUAAAUUAAAAAUAAUUAACCAAAGGCACGAUCGAGAUCGGAGGAGAUCGUAGCAGGUCGCCAGUUUAUAGCACACACACGUCGGAUUGAGCUCCACAUAAUUAAAUGUAAAUUGACAAAAAAAAACAAAACACAAAUACAGUUUCGUAGAAUUCGUUGUGAA